UCUUUACGAAAGUACAAAAAAGGUUAAUUUGAGUUUAUAGAAUUGAAGUUAUUUGAAAAAUUAAUUUAUAAAGUUUUGAUGGUUUAACUUAAUGACUGCAACAGCUAAAGUAAGAAGCCGCAAUGGCUGCAAAACCGCAGACGACAACAACGGUGGUGAAGAGACUUUCCACAAAGAUCAUAUAAAGUUAACGAAGGGCGUUGAAAAUGCUGCUGACAGCAUAAUAAAUAAUUCACGUUCCAUGGUCACCACCGUUUUCAUAUCACUUUUGUUCGACUUACUGGCAUUUACGAUGAUCCUGCCACUCAUGCCUUCCUUGCUUGAGCACUAUCGCCAAAACGAUAGCUCAGGCUUGUAUAGUAUGCUGACGCGUCGUAUAUCCUGGUUUCAGCAAAUGGUUGGUGCACCCGAACGUUAUAUCUCGGUUUUGUAUGGUGGCUUCCUGGGGUCCAUGUUUAGCUUCCUGCAAUUUGUAGCAAGUCCCAUAGUGGGUGGACUUUCAGACUAUUAUGGCCGUAAACCUUUAAUGCUUAUUUGUGGGACAGGAAUCGCUUUAUCAUACCUACUAUGGGCGCUCUCCAAUAAUUUCGCGCUUUUUGUACUAGCACGAUUUAUUGGUGGCAUAAGUAAGGGUAAUAUAUCCCUAUGCAUGUCUAUAAUAACGGAUGUCUCUAGUGUAAAAACGCGAGCGAUUGGUAUGGCGCUUGUGGGUGUAGCGUUUUCAGUGGGUUUCAUUGCUGGUCCCGUGAUUGGAGCGUUAUUUGCAUGUACAUUAAAUAAAAAAUCGGAAUCAUGGUACGUGGCACCAGCAUUGUGUGCCUUUACAUUGGCUAUGUGUGAUUUGGGAAUAAUUGCAUUUAGACUUGAAGAAACGCUACCAAAAGACAAGCGAGUAAAAGAAAUAUCUUCUGCAAUUUCAUACGCCAUGCAAUUUCUGGAUGUUCGUUCCAUUUUCAACUUUUCAGCAAUUAAAAAAGUUUCUCAAAAGGAAAUAAACGCACUUCGAAAAAUAGGACUUAUUUACUUCUUGUAUCUAUUUUUGUAUUCUGGUUUGGAAUUCACUGUAACAUUCCUAAUGUUUCACAAAUUCGGCUACACUUCCAUGGAUCAAGCUAAAAUGUUUCUAAUGACUGGCGUUGUUAUGGCCUUAUUGCAAGGUGGAGUUGUUCGGCGACUUCCUCCGCAGGCGACAAAACCAUGUGCAGUGUUUAGCUUAUAUCUGAUUGUACCAGCAUUUAUAUUGGUUGGCUUAGCCAAGGAUGAACGCCUACUAUAUGCUGGCAUGUUUCUAUUUGCAAUUUCUACUGCUUUCGCUGUCACCUGUCUAACCACAUUGGUCUCACGCUAUGGUAACGAUGAUCAAAAGGGUUCAGUCCUUGGCAUUUUCCGUUCAUUGGGGGCUUUGGCACGUGCUAUUGGUCCCGUUGUCGGUUGCAUCUCCUUUUGGUGCUUUGGUUCAAAACUAACUUACAUUACUGGUGGUAUUCUACUGCUUUAUCCAGCAUAUGCCUUGCAACGAGCGAAUCUCUAAAUGUAUACAAAAAUUGUAUUUCAUAGUUAAAAAAUGUAAAAAAAAUUCUAUGUAUUUUUAAUUGUUUAAUUUUUAUAUUGCGUACUUAUUACCAUGAUAGUAUUUAAGUAUAACUAUUGUACUACAAAAUAUCAAACUAAAUAACAACAAUAAAAAGUGUACAUAUAAAUUAACUAUUAAA